CUGCGGGAACGAGCAGCGCUACCGCAGCCACGGCCGCCGGGGAGCGGGACGGGGCUGAGGGGGAGCCGGGGCAGGUUUCUCUCCGCAUGGACAAGCACACCUGUCACCGUCCCGCUACAGGAGGUGUCGAAGGUGGCAUGUCUGAGCACAGCCCCUGCCAGGAGGUGGUGAAGGUGGUGUGGUUCAGUGCGGCCCCUGCCCUCAGUUUGUAUUCAUCCUGCCCUGUGCAUGACAUUAUCCAAUAACUACUGCAUACACUUGACAGCAGCAGGAUUAAAGAAAUGGCUGAUUCAUUUAAAAUGAAGACAUGAAUAGUUCUCCACCUGGAGUCCACAUAAUACGCAAGGAUGCACAGAUCACUUCCGAAUUAACAUGGAACCAAUUCCACAAGAACCUGGCAAAAGUUGAGCCCCCCCAUCAGUUGAAGUUUCUGCAUACUACUCUGUCUCGGAGUGGUCUGGAGGAGUUUUUUGAUGAUCCAAAAAACUGGGGAGAAAAAACAGUAAAGUCUGGGGAUGCAUGGAAUAUAAAACAGCUAAGGGGCAAGAGUAGCAAAGACUUGCACAAACUUUGGUAUGUUCUACUGAAGGAAAAAAACAUGCUUUUGACUUUAGAACAAGAAUCAAAGAGACAGCAAAGGCCCAUGCCAAGUCCAGAACGAUUAGAAAAGGUACAAAAAUCUAUGAAAAAUAUUGACUUAGUAGUCAAAGAAAGAGAAACUGCUUUGAGACUUUUACAAACUGGCCAUGAAAAACCAGUACCUGGCGAGUGGAGAAAUGACUUCUUAGGACGCACCUACUGGUAUACAUACAAGGAAUGGCCAAUACCAUGGUACCUGAACAAAAAAUACAAAAAAAGGAAAUUCUUCUACUUACCUCACGUGAAUCACUUCAUCAGGCUCAGACUUGAAAAAUAUUUACGUGUAAGGGCAAGACGACAAAGCCUAGAGAAGAAGAGGCAGAAGGUCUUACAUAUGAAGUUUCCUCAUCUUGCUGUAAAAUCUCAGAGCUAAUAAUGUUUUUGAAGAGUGCUGCAAGCACUUGGUCGAGUGUCUUUGUGACUGGAACAUGGGAGCAAGUUCUGAAACCAGUGGACAACUUGACUGAGUGUUCCUCAUGGUUUUCCAUCUCUAUUUUAUCCCACAUUUGGACCUAAAUUAAAUUUGUAAUCUGAAA